AAUGAGCCUUCUGGAACCUUCCGACAGUCAGAACAUGAACAGAAAGAAAACGGAGAGCCCAUAGCCCUAACCUACAGCUGUGCUAUGACCGUAACCUACACAAGCCGCGUGGCUAAUGCCCGUCUGUGCGGCUUUUCCAAAUUGCUGCUACAAUGGAAGGGGAGCAUAUACAAACUACUGUACAAAGAGUUCCUCAUCUUUAUGCUGCUUUAUCUCACUCUCAGCUGCAUCUACAGGUUUAUGCUGGAAGAGAGCCAAAAACGUUUCUUCGAGAAAAUGGCCAUCAACUGUAACAAUUAUGCUGACCUAAUCCCAAUGUCAUUUGUGCUCGGUUUCUACGUGAGUCUGGUUGUGUCUCGCUGGUGGAACCAGUACCAGAGCAUGCCAUGGUUGGACCGCCUAAUGUGCACUGUUUCCUGUCAUGUCCAAGGAACGGAUGAGUACGGCAGAAUGCUGCGGAGAACAUUGAUGCGCUAUGCCAACCUGGCCUCCAUCCUCACCUUCCGCUCAGUCAGCACCGCUGUCUACAAACGCUUUCCAACAAUGAGGCACAUGAUGGAAGCAGGUUUUAUGACUCCAGAUGAGCACAAGAAGUUUGAGAGCCUGAAUUCUCCUCACAAUAAAUUCUGGGUUCCCUGUGUGUGGUUCGUCAACCUUGCGGUGAAAGCAAGGCAGGAAGACCGAAUCAGUGACUAUGUGUCUCUGGCCCAUAUCUUCAGAGAGGUGAAUAACUUGCGCAGCCAGUGUGAGAAGCUGUACAGUUAUGACUGGAUCAGUGUCCCACUUGUUUACACACAGGUUGUGACUAUUGCUGUUUACAGCUUCUUUCUGGCCUGCCUAAUUGGUCGGCAGUUUCUCGAUCCAAGUCAGGGUUACACAGGCCAUGAGCUUGACCUCUACAUCCCCGUCUUCACCUUGUUGCAGUUUUUCUUCUAUGCUGGUUGGCUCAAGGUGGCUGAGCAACUGAUUAACCCUUUUGGUGAGGAUGAUGAUGACUUUGAGGCGAAUUGGCUCAUUGACAGAAAUUUCCAGGUUUCCCUCCUGGCCGUGGAUGAAAUGCAUCAGAACUUACCUGCUCUUGAGAAGGAUAAAUAUUGGAAUGACAAUAAUCCAAAGCCUCCAUACACAGCAGCAACCACAGAACACCGGAAAACCUCCUUCCUGGGCUCCACUUUUGAUAUCAGCAUGCUUAAAGAGGAAAUGGAGUUCCAGCCCCUGGAACAGAUCAAUGAGAAUGAAGAAGUAAACCAUGCCACUCCACUUCUGAGUAACUUAGGCCGACUCCUCGGAAUUCCAUCAACAAACUUGCAAAACAUUUCCAGAUCCACUCCUCGAAUUAAUCUAAUGAGGAAGAGGAAUGGUGCUUUGCCGCAGGCUGCUAUGUACAGCUUCUUGAGGUCCACUCAAGGUUGUGCUGCCUUGGAUAGUGAGGCAAGGGAUUUUGACAGCUUCAUCUCUUCUUCACUUUAUGACAGACCUGGCUACUAUAGUGCCCCUCAAACACCCAUCCAAUCCAUUCCCAUGAUAUUUCCUCUCAAAAGGAUCCCUUUAAUGAAGCCCUCUAUGCUGACCAACAUCUCUGUCUCCUCAGCUGGAAAUCAAGGCAGUAAUGGCAAUGAGUCAGCCUCCAAACCCAAUGAGCUAGACAUAGGAAACAGCAUUCUUGCCAAUAAAGGAGCCUCCCUGAAUGAAACAUCGACAGAGGUAACAACAGUGGAAAAUAGUCAAAUUGCAUCUGAAGAUGAAGCUGUUACAAAUAGCCACUCUAAAAACUGUAAAGAGACUCUUAUACUAACAACCAACAGCAUGAACCCUAACAGCAGUAAUAACCUCCUACUGGUUCCUGAAAGUCUACCCUGUCUCCUGACAGACAGCUCUUCAGACACUGAUAAGCCAAUCGAAUUGAAACAAAAGCUCAAUACAAGCAUUGGUUUCCGAGCACGCAAGCAUCCUAGACUGACUCUUGAGUCCCUUGGACAUGCAAACAGUCCAGACCCUCCAAAUCCUUCAUUCAACACACCAGGCUGUGGCUCAACAAUGUCCACCUUUUCCUUCACACCAGUGUCUUCCCCAAUGCUGGGGACGUCAAGGAUACUAAGUCACAGUGGAACAAUCUCUGGUACUGAUUAUAAGGCAGGAAGCACACCUUCCCCAGGAUUUUCUGAAAUGGGCACGUCCACCAAGUACCUCAAUAUAACCACUCAAUCCAUGACCACUGCUGAUUGCACAACUGACACCAAUAUGAAGGCACAUCUGAAAUAUGACACCGUGCCUCCAAAUGAUUUGAGAUUCUCACUCAACGAUGGGGACCUAGUCAACCUGAUGGAUAUCAUAAUUGAAACAGCAGAAAACAUUCCAGAGAAUGGGAAAAUGGAUAAGCACACAGAAGCAAAUGACUGA